AUGGAUGGCCAAGAAGAAGAUGGCGAACCUUUAGCAAACGAUGACAAUACGGCAGCAGACAGCCAAGAGUCUGGCAGUCCACCGCCAAGCCCGACUGACUCUGCAACAUCAGAAUCAGCGCCCACCUUAGUUCACAUAAAACAAGAAAACAUGCCUCCAGGAACUGAUGUCAAAGAAUACUACGGAACCCUAGAUUUUGGGCUCUCCGACACAUAUCUAGCCAAUAACUUCCCCGAGUAUGGACGGGGAUACCUGCCUAGACCCCUAGAUCUACCGAACCAAAGGUUCUUAGAUCCUAAAAGUCCGAAAGAAAAAGAAGAUGGAACGAAAGAUGAUGACCCCGGAGAACGAGAUUUAAAUUUACCAAGUGAACUGAUAUUUAAGAGCGGAGGGAUCUUUGCAAGAGUGAAUAUCGCCAAUGGAACUCAAUACGGUCCUUUCUUUGGACUGUUGGAGAAUCAACCGAAGGACAGGCGAUAUGCUUGGGAGGUCCGUGACAAGAAUGGCGUUACUGGUUGGUGGGACGCGACCACUGAGAAGAGCAACUGGCUCAAGUUGGUUCGCUCCACGAACUACCCGCACGACGUCAACGUGCAGCACUUUUUGCGCGCUGGCCAGGUGUGGUACAAAGUUGUCCGUGAGGUUCCAUCUGGACAGGAGCUGCUGCUUGGACCCCGCACACCUUUGUACUUAGAAGACAUCUCAUUGGACUCAAAGCGCCAGUCUUCGAUUGAGAAGUUCAGCUCUUUGCCACCAGCAGAUGACGACGAACGAGAGGACGCUGACAUUCGCUGUAGCUACUGCGACCUGCCAUUCCCUAACAUCGAUGUUCUCGAUCGCCACUUGAUAACGGAGCACGCCCAGCCGGCCGGUGCAUUUCCUUGCGAACUCUGCAACAGAGCUUACAGCACUCGAGUACUGCUCCUGCGCCACCGUGCUCUCGCGCAUACUGAUAUCCGAAAGUACCCCUGCGAGAACUGUCCUAAGGUAUUUACCGAUCCUUCCAACCUCCAGCGCCACAUCCGCGCGCAGCACGCAGGCGCCAGGAGCCACGCGUGCCCUGAAUGCGGGAAGACCUUCGCCACCUCCUCAGGACUGAAGCAGCACACACACAUCCACUCCAGUGUCAAACCAUUCCAGUGCAAGGUUUGCUUUAAGGCUUACACCCAGUUCUCUAACCUUUGCCGCCACAAGCGAAUGCACAUCGCUUGCAGAGCCCUUGUUGAAUGCGGAAAAUGCGGUCAGUCCUUCACGUCAUACGCUUCUCUUACUAAGCAUAAGAGAUUCUGCGACACCGCUGCCGCUGCCUCCGUCAACCUCCGUGGACAACUCCCUCAGAGCCUACCCCAGAUACCGUCUUUGCAAAACGUCGGGAUGAAUAACCCUAACAGCACCAACCCGUUCCCCAUGUACAGGGGCCCCACUCUGCCUCUCCCUUACAACACCUUCGCUCACUACCCGGCUCUGUUCUCUGCUGCUGCCGCUGCUGCUUGCCCACCUGAGUUCCUCAGCCCACUGCUCUUCAACGUGCAGGGGGCCAGACUCGCGAUGGAACACGACAUGGCUAUGUCAAACGCCAACUUGGUAUCCAAACAACAAGAAGGCCGCUUGUCUGUCAAAAGUAUGGACAGCUCAAACUCUAUGGAAGACAACAAAAAACCCAAGGAAUUGGAUUUCGAAAACAAAAGGGACAGCUACAGCUCAGACAGAGCAACACCAAAUAAAUCACAGAGCCUUUACUCCAAGCAAUCACCGCCAUCAGGUGAGGAGGCAUCUUCUCAACGCCGACCGUCACCAGUUUUGCCACUGCCUACACCGAUUGUUCCAUUCAAUUUCUCAAGAGACGACAUGAAGAGGAAGUCUCCGUUCAACUUCUCUCUCAAGCUCAAUAACAACGACAUUCAGGGUAACAAAUCUGAGUCUCCACUACCUAAAGAUUUAUCGAAGAAUAGUAUUGUCGAUGAUGAUAAGACUUCCGAAUACUCUGAUGUCGAAGAGGAUGUAAAGAAAGAUGAAGGUGACCAGCCAUUAGAUCUGUCGGUGUCAAGAAAACAGAAUGAUAAGGAUUCUGAGCCAGAGAUUGAUGAUCGUUCCUUUCGCAACUCAGUUAAAUCUUAUUCACCUCCUGAAAGCCCAGCUGAGAGGAGCAAGACUCCCGAGAAUGACACAACAGAUGUCGAUGUGGAAGGAGUAGAACCUAAGAGAGAGGACUCGCCACCUCAGCUUGUAUCACCACCACUUGCAUUCCCCAUGCCUGUUCAUCCGCAGCACACCAAUCUGAUAGACGCCAUGUACAGGCCUCGAUUCCCAUCUUUUCAUUCUUCAGAAUCGAUUUUGAACUCUUCACACUCGCCCUAUGUUCCGAGCCCAUUCAAUUUUUUAUCCCCACUUCUCGGUACUGACGGACCCGACAGGCAACCUAGCGCAUAUGCUAAGUUUCAAGAACUUAGUACAGGAUCAGGAAAGCUGCGUGACCGAUAUGCUUGCAAGUUCUGCGGGAAAGUCUUCCCAAGGAGUGCAAACCUGACUCGCCAUCUACGAACACACACUGGCGAGCAACCUUACAAGUGCAAGUACUGCGAGCGUUCGUUCUCGAUCUCAUCGAACCUUCAGCGACACGUGAGAAAUAUUCACAACAAAGAAAGGCCUUUCCGGUGUCCUUUGUGCGAGAGAUGUUUCGGUCAGCAGACGAAUCUCGAUCGUCAUUUGAAGAAGCACGAGGCUGAAGGUGGAGAUUCUCCCAGUUCUGCAGAUACUGAAAGGGAGGACGCAUACUUUGAUGAUAUUCGAUCGUUCAUGGGUAAGGUGACGUGCUCCCCGGGCGCUCGGUCCCCGGCGGCGACACCCCCGCACGGAGCUCACGGCGCGCACACCGCGCACGGCCCGCGUCCCUCGCUCGCUAUCUCCACAUAGCCACCGACCUACCAGCUGCCACCGCCGCCACCGCUAUGGACGCAGCCUUUCAACUGAGAUACGUGCUAAACCUUACAGCAAAUACACUGGAAACGACAUAAUAGUCUUGAUACAUUAUCUAGUGAUGCGGCCACAUCCCAAGGCUCUUUGUUAUAACGAUUAUGUCUUGUUCAGUAUAAAUGCUUCAAGGUUUGAAAUAUCAUUCUCCAGUGAACUGAACAGUAAUGUAGGGUCGUUGUAAAUAAGUAAGCAGCUACAAUUAUUGAGGAUACGAAGUAGUGUGGGUGUGUAUUACGUACAUAGUGAUGUCUCUCUAAAGUUCACAACGAGAGCAGUAUAAUAUUAAAGUAGAUAUGGAUUCAUUAAAAAAUGUUCAUCAAAUCUAUAGUUAAAUUAAUUGUAAAAUUUGAUUUGUGCUUUAGCUUCUUUAAAAUACGCCUAAGUACUUAAAUACGCUAGUGGCACGUAGAAUGCGUUCUAGGGUCCUAAGAAGAGUAUUUCAUUACGGUUUUCAAUUUGUUCGAAAAGGUUAGAUAAAACUUCUUUAUUGUAAAAAGGUUUGACUAGAGAAAUAUCUGCAUUAAUUUAAGCGACAUGACAAAUCACUCUAGUAUGUAUAUUACAUUAUAAUUAAAUUAAGGAAAUGUGUAGAUUUGUUAAGAGAAUCGUUUUAUUGAUAACUU